AACUGCUGUAGUCGCUACUUGCUGAACCCUUCCAGAGCAAUCAUGUCAGCCGCUACCGAUAAGGCACGCUUCUUUCUGGAGAAGUCGGUCCCUGAGCUCAAGGAGUUUGAGCGGAAGAAAAUCUUCUCCAAGGAGGAAAUUACAGCCAUCAUCAAGAAACGGUCCGACUUUGAGCACAAGCUGAAUGCACGUGGCGCCCUGCCUGUUGACUUCGUCCGAUAUGCGCAAUACGAGAUGAACCUAGACACCUUGCGCCGGAAGAGGGUGAAGCGGUUGGGAAUCAGAUCAGCAGGAUACACUGGGCAAAGGCGCAUCUUCUUCAUCCUUGACCGCGCAACUCGCAAGUUUCAUGGUGAUGUGGGCUUGUGGGUGCAGUACCUUGAAUACGCGAAACAACAGAAAGCCUACAAAAAGGUCUCGACCAUCCUUACGGACGCCUUGCGGUUACAUCCCGCCAACGUCGACUUGUGGCUAUAUGCUGCGCAGUACUCUGUGGAUGAGCAUGCGGAUAUGACACAAUCUAGGGGUUACAUGCAGCGCGGUUUGCGCUUCUGCAAAAGCUCCAAGAAGCUGUGGCUCCACUAUGCCAAACUGGAAUUGAUAUAUAUCGCCAAGCUGGUUGCUCGACAGCGGAUCUUGGGUCUCGAUAAGCCGAUCGAAGCCCCGAAGCCAGCGCAGGAGGACGAUUUAGAUGCCGACAUGAUUGCUAUGCCCAAGAUCACUGGAGAAGAUAUCAACCCCGGUGCUGGAGAGGAUGGCGGUGUGGAUCAAGUGGCUUUGGACAACCUUGCCAACACCCCAGCCCUGAGUGGUGCUAUCCCUCUCGCCAUCUUCGAUACGGCCAUGAAGAACUUCAAAAAUGACGACCGUUUCGGUCAUGAAUUCUACGAUAUGGCGGUCGAGUUUGACGAUCUGCCCUGCCUGCACAAGAUUCUCGGCCAUGUGGUCGACGUGAUGCAGCAGACCAAGCCAAACAGUCCUCAUACGCAAAUCUGCUACAUCAAAUUCCCCACCGCUGGACUCCGGGUUACUUCACCCGAAUUCCCACGUGCGUUUAGUGCGUCAUUUGCCCGUCUCAAGGAGUACCGGAAUAACCCCAACGUCGCCAAGGAGAUCGUCAGCUGGCUACAGCCCCUUGAGAAGACAGAAGGCGUGGAUGCCUCCCUCCAAAAGGCGAUUUCGGCCACUAUCCGUAAUGCGGAACGCACUGUACAGGAAGCAUAGAGCUUACAUUUUUUACUAAAUCAUUCAUCGGCGUUUAUCGGGCUUUUUCCGUCGCAAGCUUAAUGGGCAAUGAGAAUGAGGGAAAGGUCCUCUUGGUUAUUAGGUGAUGAAAAGUUAGCAUGUUUGUUAGUCGUCAUAACUACCCCGUCGGCUGCUCUUUUUGCUGCUGUGCAAUUUCUUCGACUUGAUGCGGGCUUCGUUUGCAGCUUUCUUUCUGCGCUAGAUCAGUCCGAGGUUCGCAUGUUCCUCAAAGUGGAUCCUAAAUACCCCGAGGAGGAAAUA